AACAUAUUCAAUCUAUGGUUCCGUACAUUGACGAUGAUUGCAUUAUCAGGUCCAUGACAAAACAAUCUCACAAAAAUAAUUUCGAUGUCUAAAGACGAAGCCCCAAUAUGCAUCAACGCAUGUACCCAUUGCGGUUACUGAUUUCCUCACCUACGUAGCUCUAUAUAUAAGACCGGACGGCCCGAGCCGACCCACCCGACUCUCAUUACCAAACGAAGACAAACAAACCGCCUCCUUCUCGGCUCCUCCCAUUGCUCUGCUCGAACGCGUACGAAGCAGAGCGCCAGGCAGCCUACACUACGCAGGCCAAGAAGAAGCAAUCAAGCAAAGCAAUGGGGAACAGCCUGCGGUGUUGCCUGGCGUGCAUGCUCCCCUGCGGCGCCCUGGACGUCGUCCGCGUCGUCCACCUCAGCGGCCACGUGGACGAGUUCACCUGCCCGCUCAUCGCCGCCGACGUCCUCGCCGCGCACCCGAGCCACGCGCUCACCGCUGCGGGCUCCGCGGGAGCCGCCAGGAGGAUCGCCAUCGUCCCGCCCGACUCCGAGCUCCGCCGCGGCCGGAUCUACUUCCUCAUCCCCACCACGGCGUGCCCCGCGGCCGCGCCCAAGGCCAAGGCGGCCGCCGAGCUCAAGCGCAACCACAACGGCGCGCGCCCUCCCAGCAAGACGAAGAGGCGCCACGGCCCCGGCCACCACCGCAAGGUGGCCGCGGCGGCGGCGAGCACCGCGGAGCAGGACAACUACCUGAGGGAGCUCCUGUCCGAGAAGCGGGAGGCGGCGGCCGGACACCGGCGGCGGCGCAGCAGCAGCGGCCGCGCCGGCGUGUGGCGGCCGCGGUUGGAGAGCAUAGCGGAAGAGCCUUCGGACUAGUGCCAUCCGCUCCAAUUUUUCGCUUUUCCUUUUGUCCUCUGCGAUCUUGCGCUGUGAAUAUAUGGAUGGUCGUUGAGGACGCUAGUUUUUGCCUUUUUUGGUUCUCCGUCAGCUCGAUCUAGUGAAGCACUGUAAGCUAAGCAGUGAGGAUGUUCAUUUGGGGCUUGAGCACUAUCCUUUUUUUUUUCUUGCUCAAAAGUAGAUGGCGAGAUUGAAAGGGAAAAAUAGAUCUUUUUAAGAUCCAGGUUGUACAAACAGAAUUUAGACUGGGUUCGUUGAUUUGUUUAUUCGCAAUUUUUUUUUUGCGAGUACUGCUUCUUUGUUUUUUUGUCUAUUCGCAAUCUGUUCGACAGUGUGCUACGCUAGUACUGCUGCUUUGUUU